AUGCCCCGGCCGUGGCUGCUGGCGCUGCUGGCGCUGCUGGCCGGGCGCUGGGCGCCGCCGGGCGCCGCCGGGCGCUGCCAGGACGGGGAGCUCCGGCCCGCGUGGGGAGGUGGCACCAAGUGCUGCCCCAGGUGCACCUGGAAGGGACGAAGCCCGGCGCCCUGUGGGGCGGCGCAGGACCCCGACUGCAAAUGUCCCCCGGGGCACGGCUGUGCCGGCGAGCCCUGCCAGUUCUGCCGGGCACUGCCACGCUGCCCGCCCGGCCGCGAGCCCGCCCGCAUCGGAUCCGUGAAUUUCCACUUUGAGUGCAAACCCUGCGAGAAUGGCACCUACUCCAGCAGCAGGGGCGGCUGGUGCCGCAGCUGGACUGACUGUGGGAGCAGAGGCCUCGUCACGCUGCGGCUGGGGAACAGCAGCCAGGACUCCGAGUGCAGCGUCCCGGGCACGGCCCCGCAGCCAGACGCCGAUCCCGACCCCACGUUCCUGCGGCCCCAGGGGGAGGAAUCCUACAGCAUCCAAUUCCCGGAGGAGGAGCACGGUGACAAAUCCCAGGAAAAGCUUUCCAUCCUCUCCCUGAAGAUCUAUAGCGAGCUCCGAUAGCGGCUCCGGGAUCGCCGAGCGAGCAGCAAACCCAGAUUUUGAAUCCUCACUCUUCGUCGAAAACUGGGAAACCCUCCCUUACAGCCAAGGAUUCCAAAAUCCAGGAAUAUUGGAAGAGCCUUCUUCAGUCCCGCGCUGGUUCCCUAUGGAUUUUACUGGGAUUUGAAUGGGAUUUCCCUUUGUCCCCACCUCUCCCUGACACCUGGCUGCCGGCAGCUUUUCCCCCUCGUCUCCCUCCUCCUCCUCCUCCUCCUCCUGGCCCUGGAUCUGCUCGGAGCUGCCCUGACUGGUUGGACUGGUUGUAAAAUGAACGUUUGGAUUCAUGCGCUGCCCUCCCCUCCCCCAGCGCACACAAAACCUGAUCUGUCCAACAAAACCCUCUCCAAUCCACCCAGGGGGAGAAGGAGGAAGAGAAAAAAGGGCGGAAUCCCGGAGAAAGUGGAGCGGAGAGAGGGAAUAUCCAUGGAAAAAGUGGGGAAAGCCCUCCAAGGAGUUGUUCUCGUGCGCCGUCAAUCCCAUUUUUUCUCCCUACCUGCUCUACCUGGAUACUUUGGAUCUUACCAGGACCAGCACGAAAUCCAGGGAAAAACUUCAGUGCUGGGAGCUUCUCCCAAAUCCAGCUCGGCCUCCAGGUGGGGAAGGAGUUUCGGGAGGAUGAGGAGCCCAGGAGAGUUUUCCUCUUCCGCGUGCCGGAAAAGGCGACCUUGGGUUUCUCGAGGAACCGGGAGCCGGAGCCAACGGUGACAAAACCUCAGGCAGACCUGGAAAAACAACACGGCUACACCUCGUUAGGCAGCUGAAACGGAGCUUAAGAAACCAAUAAACCCAGCUUUCAAUGGGACACAAGCAGGCCCGGGAGGGCUGGGCGGCCGGGCGCUCGCGGGAGCUGCGUGUUGGAGCUGGAAUCGAGGAGGGAUGGUUGGGGAGCGAGGCCAAGGCUCGUCUUACGUGGAGCCUGGGCCCUCCCCGCGCAGGUGCACCGGCGCCAGCCAAUCCCGCGCCCGCGGCCGACAGGUGUGUCCUGCCCGGGGAGCGGCGCCCGGCCUAACAAAGGGCGGCUGGUCCCCGCUGCGGGCGUGGAACGCACCUUGGGGACCCGGGGUCACCCCGGGGUGGGGACGGAGCUCCCGCCGGCCCGGGCUGCUCCCAGCUGGCCUUGGGCACCUCCAGAUCUGCAGCUGGAGACCUUGCCGCCCUCAAUUUCCUCCUGAUUUCUCAUGUAAUCCCACCCUCAUUUUCUUCCCAAUUUCCUCCCGAUUUCUCAUGUAAUCCCACCCUCAUUUUCUUCCCAAUUUCCUCCCAGUUUCUCAUGUAAUCCCACCCUCAUUUUCUUCCCAA